GUUAGCCAGCAACGUGGACAAGUUUUCGAGCUACUUCGUCCUAAAGGUAACUUGAGUGAUUGAACGGGUGCUGUUGUAUUUUUCAUAUAAACAGUAUAGUAAGUAUGGAGAAAUCAGAUAUUAUUAAUUUCAGUGCUCUUGAGAAAGAGUUGCAUGCUGCAUUAGAAGCGGAUAGAAAAUACCAAAGGGAAAAUGAUGCCAAAUUUCGUGCGUUGCAUCAAAACGUAGCCAGCUACGAAGAAUUCAGGGACAUAGUACUUGCAUCUCACCUAAAGCCCCUUGAUAAAAACGAUAUCUCUGGCGCCCCUCGAAAGCAGCCAUGGAAUACAGUUGCUGCUGAAUUAAAGCAUGAAAGCCACUCACAUGAGGUGGUCCAGCCUCAGCUUACUGAGAUAAAGCCAAGAAGUACAUCAGAAUUCAGCCCCGACUGGCGCAGGUUUGGAGGAAGCUCGUAUGAAAAGUACAAUCUCCUUCUCAAGCUGGGAGGCAAGACUUUGCAGAAGAUCUUCAGCACUGAAGUUUGCUUUGGUCUUCUAGGCGAGUUCCUUCUAAUUCUGUCCCAGUGUCUAAAGUCAGGAGAUGAGGAAACAGUGAUCGGAGUUUUGGACGGACUUUCCAAGACUGGCCGUUUUGGCCUUAACCUGUCUCUGCUUAGUCAGGCUGAGCAGAAAGCCUGUGAGGAGCUUUUUAACAGACUUAGAGAAUAUUACUCUAAUUACAAUGAUUCCCCAGUUAUGUCUUUGGACUUCAGUGAACCUUUAGGAGUUUGUGAAGUCCGUCAUGUUGAAACCGAUGUUAAUGACAUAUUAGUAAAACUCAAGGCGUUAAUGGAGAAAUAUGGCAUCCAAAACUAAUUUAAGUUAAUUUGUUUUAUUCAUAACACUUUUUGUUCUCUUUCCAUUUUUUGUUCUGUUUCUGAAUCGAAUACAAAUCAUAUAUUUGUUGUGUUAUUAAGGCACAAAAAUGCUGA